AUGGAGUUAGCUUGGAAAGUGUUUUUGCUUGUUCUGCUUCCCUUGCGCUGUCUGGGGGAAGACUGGAAACUUGCAGAGAGGUUUGUUUCUCUGGCUGGACCUCUGACGGAUGAACUAGUAAGUAAUUUACACUUUGGAAAUGAACAUGUUGGAGAGCCAACCUUGGCACAAGCUCAGUAUCUUUGCCGCUGGUCUACCCUCUCUUCCCUGUCUACUUACUUUGCCCAACUCUAUGCAAGUGAUGUGACUCACUUUAAGAUCUUCUUACCAUGGACUCAUAUCCUCCCAGAGGGGAAUGCCAGGAACCCAAAUAAGACUAACGUUGAGUGCUACAGACAACUUUUUGGAACCCUGAGAGCGGCAAAUCUUAAAUCAGUUUUAAUUCUCCAUCAGAAGCAUGUGCCAGAAUUUUUGGAUCAAUCAUGGACUUUCACUGAUCUUUUUGCGGAAUAUGCAGAGUUUGCCUUUGGAACUUUUGGUGAUUUGGUUGACAUCUGGCUCACUUUUAGCAACCUGCCUCAGACUGCAGAGGAAUUGCCUUAUGAUAACCUAGUUUCCCCAUCUCUGCAGACCCUAGCUUCAGCUCACAGGAGAGCUUAUAAAAUCUACCAUGAAAAAUACUCUUCAGAAGGUGGAAAAGUGUCCAUUGCUCUAGAUUUUAGCGAUGCUGGCCUGGUGCUACCACAUUCUUUCUUAGCUUCAAUUUUGCAUGUAAAGAAAAAUAUGGAAGUGUGGCUCUUCACUUUAAAUUUCCAUGAAUGUUCUUCCAUGCAAGAAGAUCCAUUUGUAACAGUGGCUUCCAUCUUUAAUGCCAUCAAUGAAGGUCAAGUAUUGGCAACAGGAUAUGACGUACAGAACUUACUGGACAGUUCUUCCAUUGACACAGCUCGCGCCUACACAGAAAAUUUAGCCAAUCCACAGAAGCCAAAGGAGACCCCAAUGCCUGCCAUCACCCAUCAUUCAUCCUAUCAAAAAGCUUGGGAACAGUUUGCUAAUCAGUCUGAGUUGGAGAGAGAUUCCUUUUUGUAUGAUGUUUUUCCAGAUAAUUUCCUUUGGGGUACAUCAACUGCAUCCUUUAAUGUUGAAGGAGGCUGGGAAGAGGACGGAAAAGGAGAGAGUAUUUGGGACAGAUUUGGGCAUCAAGGCUACGUAUACAUGAAUCAAACAGCCAAUGUUGCAUGCGAUAGCUACCACAAGAUAGAAUACGAUGUCUACCUGCUCAGAGGCCUUCGUACAAAUAUCUAUAAAUUUUCUCUAUCAUGGCCUAGGAUCUUUCCCAAUGGGAACAGAAACAGCUUAAAUCCUAAAGGGGUAGAUUACUACAACAAACUCAUUGAUAGUCUGCUGGAUUCUCACAUCGAACCCAUGGUAACUUUGUUUCACUGGGACCUUCCACAAGCUCUGCAAGAUCUUGGUGGCUGGCAAAACGAGAGCAUCAGAAGUGCUUUUGUAGACUAUGCGUCAUUCUGCUUUGACACUUUCGGGGAUCGGGUUAAACUCUGGAUUACCUUCCAUGAACCCUGGGUCAUAAGCUAUGCUGGCUAUGGCACCGGGCAGCAUCCUCCAAGAAUUGCUGCUCCAGGAACGGCAUCUUAUCAGGUGGCUCAUGUUAUUCUCAAGGCUCAUGCUGAAACAUGGCAUGUUUACAACAUCCAGUAUCGUUCCAAACAACAUGGGAAAGUAGGAAUAAUGCUGAAUUCUGAUUGGGCUGAACCCAAAUCUCCAGGGAAUCUUGAGGAUGUAAAAGCAGCAGAACGCUACUUGCAUUUCAUGUUGGGCUGGUUUGCUCACCCUAUAUUUGUUAAUGGUGAUUACCCAGAUGUUCUAAAAUCCCAGAUUCAACAGAAGAACCAGCAAUGCUCAACUUCAGUUGCCAAUCUCCCUAUGUUCAGUGAUGAGGAUAAGCCCUUCAUUAAUGGGACAGCUGACUUCUUUGGUCUUUCCCAUUACACUUCCUGGCUUAUCAGUGAUGCUUCAGACAAUCACAGCUGCAAUGCAAGUUAUGAGAAUAUUGGGGAUUUUUCCCAAGAUGUUAACCCUUCUUGGCCUCAGACAGCAUCUCCAUGGAUCUCUAUAGUCCCCUGGGGGUUGAGGAGAUUGCUGAACUUUGUGUCUCAAGAAUACACACAGUCAAGGAUCCCCAUUUUUAUAGGAGGGAAUGGUGCACCAACUGAUGGAGAGGGAGGUGAUUUUAUUAAUGAUACAAAGAGACUGGAUUACUUUCAACUCUAUAUCAACGAGGCUUUAAAAGCUAUAAAAGUAGAUGCCAUUGAUGUUCAGUCAUAUAUUGCCCGAUCUUUGCUCGAUGGUUUUGAAGGCCCAACAGGCUAUGGUAAAAAGUUUGGCCUCCAUCAUGUGAAUUUUGAAGAUGCAAACAGACAAAGAACACCAAAAGAAUCUGCCUAUUUUUUUUCCACUGUUAUUGAAAAUAAUGGAUUUCCUGCUACGUUCAAAAGAAAGCAUAUCCAGCCACUGAAAAAGGACAUGUCCAUGUUACCAAGGUUACCUACCUUCCCAGCUUCUGAAGUUCCCUCAAAAGCAAAAGUCGUCUGGGAAAAAUUCUCAAACCAGACUGAUUUUGAAAGAGAUUUGUAUUUUUACGGCACCUUCCCAAACAAUUUUCUGUGGGGUGUUUCUACUUCUGCUUUCCAAAUUGAAGGAGGUUGGGAUGCAGAUGGAAAGGGCCCUAGCAUCUGGGAUAACUUUUCCCAUAUUCCAGGGAAUAUUAAUAACAAUGAUAAAGCAGAUGUAGCUUGUGACAGCUACAACAAAGCAGAUGAAGAUAUUUAUUUACUGAGAGCCUUAGGAGUGAACACUUAUCGCUUUUCUCUCUCAUGGCCUCGAAUAUUUCCCAAUGGAAGAAAUGAUUCCAUAAAUCGCUAUGGUGUUGAUUAUUACAACCGGCUGAUUGAUGGUCUGCUGGCUACAAAUAUCACACCAAUGGUCACUCUUUACCACUGGGACCUGCCUCAAGCUCUGCAAGACAUUGGUGGCUGGGAGAACCCAAUAUUGAUUGAGCUGUUUGAUAGUUUUGCAGACUUUUGUUUUCAGACAUUUGGAGACAGGGUCAAGUUCUGGAUUACAUUUAAUGAGCCUGCCAUGAUUUCAUGGCUAGGUUAUGAACAGGCAGUCUUCCCACCAAACAAGAAAGAUGAUCCAGGUUAUGCACCCUACAAGGUUACUCAUACAAUAGUGAAAGCUCAUGCUAGAGUUUACCACACCUAUGAUCAGAAAUACAGAGAGAGUCAGAAAGGUGUAAUUUCUUUGAGCCUCAACAUUGAUUGGGUUGAGCCAAAGACACUUCAGGAUCCUCGGAAUGUGGAAGCAGCUGAUCGUUAUCUGCAGUUCACAGGAGGAUGGUUUGCACACCCAAUUUUUAAAAAUGGCGACUACCCAGAGGCAAUGAAGUGGAAAGUGGGGAACAGGAGUGAUCUACAGAAGUUGUCUUCUUCCCGACUUCCCGUUUUCACAGAAGAAGAAAAACAAUAUAUCAGAGGUACAGCUGACGUAUUCUGCCUGAACUAUUAUACCUCAAAAAUUAUAAAGCACAGGACAACCAGGCUCAAUCCAUACUCUUAUGAACAUGAUCAAGAAUGUGAGUUGGAGAAUGACCCUUCUUGGCCUACCUCAGCGAUAGAAGGACAGCAAGCAGUGUCCUGGGGCCUUCGGAGGCUGCUAAACUGGAUCAAAGAGGAAUAUGGCAAUCCUCCCAUUUAUAUUACUGAGAAUGGGGUUGGGAUAAAAACUAAGUCUGAUGUUGAUGAUACCAGCAGGAUCUUUUACUAUAAAACUCACAUCGAUGAAGCUUUGAAAGCUUACAAACUUGAUGGAGUGAACCUUCAAGGCUAUGUUGCUUGGUCUUUCAUGGAUACUUUUGAAUGGCUAAAGGGCUAUGAUCCAAGAUUUGGGCUGCACCAGGUUGAUUUUAAUAAUCCGAACAGGCCAAGAACCCCUAAAAGUUCUGCCAUAUACUAUUCUGAACUCAUACGUAACAAUGGAAUUCCAUUCCCAAAAGAGGAUGAAUUUCUUUAUGGCGAACUUCCAAAUAACUUUUCUUGGAGCGUGGCAUCAUCAGCCUACCAGGUUGAAGGUGCCUGGAGAGCAGAUGGGAAAGGCCUCAGCAUUUGGGACCAGUUUGCUCAUACUCCAUUGAAAAUCAGCAACGAUGAAAAUGGAGACAUAGCCUGCGACAGCUACCACAAGUGGGAAGCAGACUUGGCCAUUCUGAAAAACAUCAAAGUGACUCAUUAUCGCUUUUCCAUUUCCUGGCCUCGGGUGCUCCCUGAUGGAACCACUAAGUAUAUAAAUGAAGCUGGUCUGAGUUACUAUGAAAGGCUUGUGGAUGCUCUUUUGGCAGCCAAUAUCCAACCACAGGUCACUAUUUACCACUGGGACCUCCCUCAGGCCCUUCAAAACAUUGGAGGGUGGGAAAACGAGACCGUGGUUCAGAGGUACAAAGAAUAUGCAGAACUUCUCUUUCAGAGACUUGGAGAUAAAGUGAAAUUUUGGGUAACUAUAAAUGAGCCCUAUUCCAUUGCUAAUAUUGGUCAUGGCUAUGGAGUGUCUGCACCAGGAAUCUCUUUUCGACCAGGCCGGGCUCCUUACAUAGUAGGGCACAACUUAAUCAAGGCCCAUGCAGAAGUUUGGCAUCUCUACAAUGAAACAUACCGUCCAAAGCAAAAAGGGCUGAUUUCUCUUUCCAUCAGCAUUGAAUGGGCUGAACCAAAAAACCCUCACAAGCAGGAAGAUCUUGAUGCUGCCAGGCGACAUGUCCAAUUCUUCGCUGGUUGGUUUGCUCAUCCUAUCUUUAAAACUGGUGACUACAGUGAGGUGAUGAAAAGGAGAAUACAAGAGCGAAGCCAGGGCCAAUCACGACUUCCUGAAUUUACUGAAGAUGAAAAGAAGAGGAUUAAAGGCACCUUUGACUACUUUGGCUUGAAUCAUUAUACCACCAUAUUGGCAUCCAAUUUAGACUAUCCUGCCAUUAUUUCAUCCUAUGAUGCUGAUAGGGGUGUUGCCUCAAUAGCAGACCGCAGCUGGCUGGGCGGUGGCUCUUUUUGGUUGAAGGUGACCCCUUUUGGCUUCAGAAGGGUCUUGAAGUGGAUCAAGGAAGAAUACAAUAAUCCACCAAUUUAUGUGACAGAGAAUGGGUUUUCGGAACGUGGAGAUGGUGGCUUCAAUGAUACGCAGAGAACACAUUAUUUAAAGAGUUACAUCAAUGAAGCUUUAAAAGGAGUUGUACUCGAUGGUGUGGAUUUGCGAGGCUAUACUGUGUGGAGUUUGAUGGACAAUUUUGAGUGGGCAAUGGGCUAUUCAGAAAGGUUUGGGCUGUAUUACACCAACUUCACACACCCAGCUUUAUCCAGGAUUCCAAAGGAGUCUUCAAAAUUUUACAGAUCUGUCAUUCAGUGCAAUGGCUUUCCAGAUCCAGCCACUGGGCCUCAUUUGUGUCUGGAAUCACAACCUGAAGCUACCACCAUUUCCACACCUACACGUACCACGCCUGCACAUACUUUAGCUGUGGAGAAGGUGCACUUUUUGGGACUGGAGCUGGCUUUAUCUGAUGCAAAAGUAGCCCUUUACGUGCUGUUUGUCCUACUGCUAUUGGCUACAGCAGGGCUUGUUCUGUUUUCAUAUGUAUAUAGAAGGAUGACCACAAAAGUCCACAAAAGAACUGCUUUGGAGCUAAGUAAAAUGUAAGCUAUGUUAUGAUUUUAAUGUAUACUGUGAAAUUUAUCAAUUUUAAACUGAUCUAGAGCCACAGCUUCUAAUCCAGCUGUGUAAGAGAACUUUUCCUCAAUAAGCACAUAAGCUGGAUAUUAUAUUAACAGGGUGAUCAGGGGUUACUGGACAUUGCUUUAUACUACCUGAACAGCAUAGCUCAAGUUCACUUCAAAAAAAAUUGUGGGCAAUGCAAAGAAUUCAAAAGAGAUGCUAAAAUGAUCUGCUAGUACUUGGAGCCCAGGGAUUGAAACAGAGAAGACAACUUAGUGUAUGGCUGAAAUAGACAAUUGUUUUGCUAUUGACUAACAAGAGUAAGUGACCUCUGCACUAAGCAUAUGUAUAUUUCUGCUUGUAGUAGGCCUUGUACAUGUGUUAUGUCAAUAAAGAUAAAUGUUGCUUA